GGAAGGUAAGAAGUUGGAAGUUCCAAAAUUGAAUUCAACGUGUCCCAGACUCCCAGUUCCUUCUUCCUUCUUCCUUCCAUCCAGAUUCAGCUAAUCUCCAUUCAUCAAUUGGGACAGCAAGCACCAGACUCUUCAAUACGGAGGUUUAUUCAUCAACAUGAUUCAACUCUACUACACGGCGAUCUUCGCCGAGAUGGCUGUCAUUCUUCUCCUUCUCUUCAAGACGCCUCUCAGGAAACUCGUGAUCAUGUCCAUUGACCGUCUCAAACGAGGCACAGGACCCCUCGUCGUCAAAACCGUAGCUGGGGUUGUCCUCCUUAUGAUGGCCAUCACUGUUUACACCAUCACCGAUAUUAAUAGCCGUCAACUUGAAAUCUUGAAUCCGACCGAUCAGAUUAUCCUUGGCAGAGCCAUGCUUGAAGCUUCUCUAAUGGGAUUCAUGCUAUUUCUGUUGCUGAUGGUGGACAGACUCCACCACUACAUUAGAGAACUUCGGUUGCUAAGAAAGGCAAUGGAGGCCGUGAGGAAGCAAAACCAUGCAGCAGAAGAUGGAAAAGGUCCGAAUUCGGAAGAGCAUAAAGCCUUAGGGGAACAGCUAUUAACCUUAAAAGCAAAUAUAAAACAGAUGGAAUCUAAAACACAAGAAAAAGAAAAGGAAGUGAAAGCUGCAGAAGCAGAUAAGGCUGCUCUAAAGAGUCAAUCGGAAGGCCUCUUAAUGGAGUAUGACAGGCUGCUGAAGGAGAACCAAAGCCUUCGCGAUGAUCUGCAAUCACUUGACAAAACGGUUUCUCAUUCUCAGGUUAAGAAGAACACGUAAGUCAAAUCAUUUAAUGUCACUCUUCUUUUGUAAUGAUGGAGGAGGUUUGAUUAUUCAAUGAUUUUUACUUACCUAUGCAAAGCAAAUUCACUUGAAAAAAAAAACACUCUAAAGUGUAAAAACAUAUAUCUACAGUUUUGGGUACUACUUCUAGCUGAUCCGGACUUAUCGAUAGCCGAUCAUUAUUAAGGAUUUUGAUUUAUGAUGAUAUUGUAUUGAUCAAGUUUAAUU